AUGCACAACCUCUCAAUCACAUUGCCCGCGGAGGACGAAAAUCAUGCCCGCGGGGCCAUCUUUAUGACAUGUAUAGACCUCGCAGCUUCUUAUCCCCAGCCUCUGAUCGCCCGAGAGAGCCGUCACCUUAUGACGUUCUACACGCCGGAUGGCCGUUUCCACCAGCCGAUCUGCCUUCUGGAGGGCUCCAUGAUCGAUAGGGACCGACUCGGGAAUUUCCUUAUGGCUCCAGUUCCCAAGAACCGUACAUAA